GGAGACACCUCCGUCACCUAUGAAGGUGUAUGCCAACUCCUCAUCCAGCCUGGGUGGGGCCAUGCUCCCCAACACCCCCUGCAGCUCCACGCCAAGCCCCAGGGGGCAGACAGGGAGAUACGGCAGGCCAAGGCGGAGGGGCUCAUCUCCUAUAUCACGGUGUGGAAGCCCCAGGCGGUGCUGAUUUUUCGAGGUGUCCGUGACCGCGUGGUCAUCACCUUCCCCCAUGAGGUCCACUCCCUGAAGUCCAGCCGCUUCUACAUCGCCCUGCGUGGUGUAGGCACCGAGGAGAGACGGGGCGAGUCCCAGGGCCUGCUCUUCCUCCGCCUGGACCAGGCUCACAUCGACCUGUUCGUUGUCUUCUCUGUUUUCUUCUCCUGCUUCUUCCUCUCCGUCUGCGUCCUCCUCUGGAAGAUCAAGCCGUUCAUGGACUUCCGCCGAGAGCAGAGGCGUCAUAUCCAGGAAAUGACCAAGAUGGCAUCCAGGCCCUUCGCCAAGCUCAUUGUCUAUUUGGAGCCAGAGGAGCCCCAGCUCAUCUACCUGCCCUCCACAGAGGGGCAUUGUCGUUGGCAAGGCAGGCUGGGGGGCAUUGUAGUUGGUUAGAGGGGGCGUGCUGGAGCCAUCUCCUACAAACACGAGCCAGGCUCCGGCCCCACCGUCCACCACCACCACCACCUUACCCUGGGUGGAGGGGGCAACAGUGGGCAACACCUGCCCCUGCAUUACCUCAACACCCACCACUAUGUCCCACCAACACCAUGGCCUCGCACCCCCACCAUCACCCAUCCUCCCACAGCGGCUACCAGCACUUCUGCCGCUCCGACCCCUUCUUGUCCCAGCUCAUGGGCUUCUCCUACUCCACCUUCUAGGUGGGGCCCAUCACCCUGGAGCCCACAGACGACGGCAUAGCCGGGGUGGCCACCGUCCUCAUCCAGCUGCUGGGGGGCAUCCUGGCCCCUAAUCGCGCCUGCCUGGGGUCCGCCCUGGUCACACUACGGCAAAACCUCCAGGAGUACUGUGGUCACGGCAUUUGAGGGGUCCACCCCGGGGCGGGAGGGGCGCAAAGUCCUGCUAGGGCAUCAGCACCUCACCACCAUGGCUAUGUAGAGAGGGGGGGCGAACAUGUGCUUUAUACCCCAGAAAGUGACAAUCAAACAUUACCAUUAAAAACAAGAGAUGGAAGGCUUAGUCCGCCAGGAUGUGCAACAUCGUUUUGACAGAAUAGGAAUAAAGAAAGUGAUGCUUGUUUGUCAGAUGUUUUUUUAUAUCAUGGCAGUGAUGAUGAGUGAAAUUAAUUAUAAGUUCAUAUAUGGCAGGCUUUUAAGCUACGUGUCUGUUUAUUCACUCAAAACCCGAAGUCUAUAUUUGUACAUGUUCAUUCACAGGACCUGUUACAUGGUUCUUUAUCGGUUGCUGUUGUAUUUGUUUCUCUGCUCGUCUGUCUCCAGUUCUUCUGCAUUUGUGAACUACACUUAACAAUCCUGUUUUGUAUCGUUUCCUAUUGUGAGGCUUAUGGAGAACAUAUUUAGCAAAGCAAAACUUUUGACACAUUUCAUGUCUGUUUUAAAUAGAUUUUGUUACAAAUGAAGGAUUUAACUAGGUUAUCAGACUUCUGUCCCUGUAGCCAUUUUACGAGUGGAUAACAUAACACACUAUGUAUUGUUUAGUUUUUUUUAUUUCAGUUACUUGAUAUGAACUGUAUGUUAACUUAUAUGCCUUUUUUUUAUUUUGGCUCUCUCGAUUGGAUGAUUUUAUCAGCCAGUGAGAGCUUUGAUUAAAACGUAAUUAUUUUUUGUGAUUUGUCUUGUGACAAAUGGAACAAGAAAGCAAUUACAUUAUGUGGAACAAAACAUUGUAUGGAAAUUAUGUCAGAUUAUAAUGGAGACAAAGGAAAGGGACAAAAUAUCUGCAAAGCUCCAUCUUCCUGGUGAAAGAUAACAUGAAUGAAAAAGGUGUUUUAUUUUCAAGCAGGGUGUGUUACAUUUUUGUUAGAUGUUUUUUGCACUCUUAAGAAGAACAUUUUCUUCAGUUUCUCAUAUGACUCACUACAAGAUGAAUCACCCCAUUAUUUUGGAACAAUCUGAAUGGUGCUACUGGACACACUACACAAAACAACCAUUAGACUACAAAAUGAUUGGUAAUUCAGAUUUCUCAUUUACAUGUAUUUAAUCAAAUAUAUAACAAAAAUAACAGCUUUCGUGUUUAGUAGCAUUGCUCCUAAUUAAGGAAAAUUGAAGCACUAUCUUCAGCUACCUUCGAGUCUGGGCACAAACAUUAUUAGACUGGUUACAUUGUUCUUGUAUUUGUUUGUUAGUUUACGUGUUUUUUU